CUAAAACAAUUUGAAAUGAAUUCAGAAUUCUCCAAUAGUAAUAUUCUGGAAGGUCGGGAAGAGGCAGAAUAUCUAAUGAGAGAAAUAAAGAUGGGAAACUCUGCUACAGUUGUGAAGAUGGGAGAACCUACUGGAGAUAUUGCUCUUAUCGGUCUGGCUGUUAUGGGUCAGAACCUGAUCUUGAACAUGAACGACCACGGGUUCGUGGUGGUCGCCUACAACAGGACAACCGCCAAGGUUGAUCAGUUCCUUGAGAAUGAGGCCAAGGGAACCAAGGUGGUUGGUGCCCAUAGUCUAGAGGAGAUGGUAGCUAAACUUAAGAAACCCAGGAAGGUGAUGAUGUUGGUUAAGGCUGGAAGCGCUGUGGACGACUUCAUUGCCAAGCUUGUUCCUCUCCUAGAACAGGGGGAUAUCAUCAUAGAUGGGGGGAACUCAGAAUACCAGGAUACAAGGCGGCGAACCAAGGAUUUGGAGUCUAAGGGUCUUCUGUUUGUUGGAUCAGGAGUAUCCGGUGGGGAGGAGGGGGCAAGGUAUGGACCCUCCUUGAUGCCUGGAGGUAACCCAGCUGCCUGGCCAGCCCUCAAGCCGAUAUUCCAGUCUAUCUGCGCUAAGUCUGGAGAUGAGCCCUGCUGUGACUGGGUAGGUGAAGAUGGAAGCGGCCAUUUUGUCAAGAUGGUGCACAACGGAAUUGAAUACGGAGAUAUGCAGCUUAUCUGUGAAGCUUAUCAUCUCAUGAAGGAUGCCUUGAACAUGGACAACGAGGAGAUGAGCAAUAGCUUCACGGAGUGGAACAAGGGAGAGCUAGACUCCUUCCUCAUAGAAAUAUCUUCAAAUAUUCUUAAAUACAAAGACGAGAGUGGGGAUUAUCUGCUGGAGAAAAUAAGGGACAGUGCCGGACAGAAAGGAACAGGUAAAUGGACUGCUAUCUCUGCCCUGGAAUACGGUAUGCCGGUCACACUCAUCGGAGAAAGUGUGUUCGCACGUUGUCUUUCAUCGUUGAAGGGUGAAAGGGAGCGUGCAAGCAAGAUUCUGAAGGGUCCUGAGGGAGCGGAGUUUACUGGAGAAAAAGCAGCAUUCGUCGAGGAUAUCAGGCAAGCUCUGUACGCUAGUAAAAUAGUUUCCUAUGCUCAAGGAUUUAUGCUACUAAGACAGGCUGCCCAGGAGUUUGGUUGGAACUUGAACUAUGGAGGAAUAGCUCUAAUGUGGAGAGGAGGAUGUAUUAUCAGGUCCCGCUUCCUUGGAAAUAUCAAGGAUGCCUUUGACAAAAACCCUGCUCUUGAUAACCUUCUGGUGGAUGAUUUCUUCAGGGAUGCAAUCCAUAAUGCCCAGGGUGCCUGGAGGCGUGUCGUAAGCCAGGCUGUGCUGAUGGGCGUUCCCACCCCUUGCUUCUCUACCGCCCUUGCCUUCUACGACGGAUAUAGAAGUGAUAUGCUCCCUGCUAACCUAAUCCAGGCGCAGAGAGAUUAUUUUGGAGCGCACACUUACGAACUGCUGGGUCAGCCUGGAGCCUACCAUCACACCAACUGGACCGGGACAGGCGGAAACGUUUCCGCCUCAACAUACUCCGCCUAAACUCUGCCAGUUAUACUGCCUCUUACAAUUCUCUUGUAUUAUGAUUACAAAUUAUUUAUUUAAUGCAACAACGCAUUUAAGUAUUAA